AUGCAUGCGCAGGAUCUACUGUACACAUUGACUGGAGACGGCUCCUAUAAGAUACUCUACACAAUUAACGGCAAGUUUCCGGGACCCUCAAUAAUUGUUUAUGAAGGACAGGAGGUGGUAGUUUAUGUAACAAAUGGCCUGCUUAUGGAAGGAAUAACGUUCCACUGGCAUGGUAUCUAUCAGAGGGGCACUCCGUGGAUGGAUGGACAAGACAUGGUCAGUCAGUGUCCCAUCAGUUUCGGACGAACAUUUACAUACAGAUUUAUUGCGGAACCAGCUGGGACCCACUGGUACCACUCACACCUGGGAGUUCAAAGAACUAACGGUUUGGUUGGAGCCCUAAUAGUUCUUCCCAAACCUGGACAUGCAAAGGCGUCUGAUCAUCACGAACCUAUAGAAAAAGAAUUCGUUGUGCUGGCACAGGACUGGUUACACCAAUCAUCGACAGAGCAUACAGAGUACGUCAAUUGGGACCUCCGCAAGUACGCAUUCGGUCCCGAUGAUCCAAGAUGUUCUGAAACCUCCGAUAAAGUGAAGAAAGACUUGGAUGGGUUAACGGUCUUUCAGUCCGGGGUCAUUAACGGGAGAGGACAUAAUUACCCUGAGUUUGGUGAUACCCCGAUGUACCCUAAUUUACCUUACGAAACCUUUGUGGUCAAGAGUAAUAAAACAUACCGGUUCCGAUUCAUCAAUACCGCCAAUGGAUUUACUUUAAAGGUGUCAGUGGAUAAGCACAAAUUAGAAUUGAUAGCGACAGACGGUCGAGGCGUGCGUGGGGUAAUGUCAGAUUUCAUCACCACCGUACCUGGGGAGAGAAUAGAUUUUCUACUACGGGCAACACAAACCCCAGAUAACUACUGGUUCCGCGUGGAGGCUAAUGGUGCUGGACAAGUGAAGGGUAUUGUUCUGUACGACACUGUGGAAAAAGGAGUACCUGUCUCCUCCAGGAAGCGAUGUGUAGAGACGGAUCCUUGUACAAAUAUCAAUUGCAUGGUCAAAAUGUACCCUCCACACUACAAUAUCAUUUGCACAUCAAUAUCAGAGCUCAGCUUAGUCAGCUCUGACCUCGAGGAAAACUUUGUACCUAAAUAUACAGAUGACGGGACAUUUAGAGAAAUAUUUCUUAGUGUACAUUUCCAAGGUAAGAAGCCUCGCAUUCGAAGUGAACAUCUCCGUGCAGGUAACACAGACCUCGCUCAUAUAAAUGGAAGAAGGUUUUUGAAACCGUCAAUCUCUUUACAGACUUUCCCUAAUAUGGCUGACGAUGUGGUGAAUUGUAACAGCACUGACCUCCGCUGUUAUAAGGAAGUCUGCUUUUGUACGCAUAUCAUCAAAGUUGAGCUCGGUAGUACGGUCCAGUUCGUUAUGGUCAACCCAGGUUCCAAUCAUGACCACGACUUUCUUGGUCUACAACAUCCAAUUCACGUGCAUGGCCACACGUUUCACGUGCUCAAAGUCGCUUACUCAGAGGACAAUACUCCUGCAGUAUCCGUCGGCUUGAACGCUGACAUCAAGUGUAAUUCGGAGUUUUGUGAUAAAGCCUCGUGGUCAAACACUUCUUGGGGAGGAGACAACAUUCCGGGGUUGAAUUUGGUAGACCCUCCCGUUAAGGAUACAGUGGUGGUCCCACGGCAUGGUUACACAGUUAUUAGGAUGAUUGCUGAUAACCCUGGUUUCUGGUUCCUGCACUGUCACCAGUUCGCAGGAAUGGCUCUCCUACUACAGGUCGGGGACGUGGACCAGAUGCCACCAACUCCCAAAAACUUCCCCACGUGUGGCAACUUCAACUUUCCGCGAGAGGAAUUUCGAGAUAUUAUCAAAAAGUCAAAAGCCUCCUUCACUGCUAAACCAAACGGACAGCUGAACGGUCCUUCCAGGGAUCGCCAAAGCGCUUCCAGAAGUUCAGAUGUACUCAUGGAGGACUCAAGGACUGUUUAUUACAUCGUUGUAAGCGUACUUCUAGUUUCGUACAUCGCUACUGGACUGUGCCUGAUGUGGCAGAUUUUCGAUAAGAAACGUAUUACUCAGAGAUACCGCAAAGAUGUAGGUGUAAAAUAUGGUAGACUUUUUGACGAUAGUGAUUCAGACACAACCACUGAGAAGACUAAGCUCAUAAGUGUUGACAACGAUUUUGUGAGUCAACAGCCGGCGAUCUUUUUGAGUUUUCCCUAA